AUGAAAGUGCCCGCAUUAAUCAGCUUGGUGUUGUUAACCAACAUGGUCGCAGCUAAGAACGUUUUCAACUUGCACCAACUACAGGAUCUUACUAAAGAAGAAAACAACGAGGAGGCAGUAGCUGACAAAAGAGACGCUAAAAACACUUUUGAUUUGGCUGCUUUGAAAGAAUCACUUCAGGAGAAAAGAGACGCUAAAAAUGUGGUGGAUUUGUCCCGUCUCUCUGACGAGGGCAAGGCAAAGAGGAAAAACACCCCCAACCUAGAGGCUUUGGCUCAAAGGAUUUCAAAAGUCACAGUUCAAAAGAGGAAAAACGUGGUCAACUUGAACGAUUUCGUCAAGAGCCACGAUUUCACCGCUGACAAGAGAGAUGCUAAAAACACAUUUGAUGUAACUCUGUAUUUUCAAAAUCACCCCUUGGAUGCGAAACGUGAUCAGCAAGUGCUUGAAAAUGACAAAACCAAGCAGGAGGAAAACUUGUAUUUCAUUUUCAAUCAAGUGGAUUGCUUCAAUAAUUUAUUACAAUCAAUCUUGCCUCAACUAAAAUCAAUCUCGAUUUUCGCCGGGUACAUCCGAAGCAGCCAGGAGUUCAACACCAAGACCGAGUCAGUUGAUCAAAACAUGCUCAUAUUGGCCCCUAGCGAUGACGCAAUCGAAGAUAAAUUGUCGAAUUUGAAACCAUGGGAGUUUCCCCACUCGUUAGAUGGCAUUCAAGAUGAAAAGCAACAAGAUGAAAUUAUCGAAUCCAAUUUGGAAAAUUUUCUUCAAGGCCACAUCGUGACCAAUUUCGAAAAUAAAGUUGAUAUUGUUCAAGAUCAAGAUGAUAAACUGGGUAAAGUGGUGGUUACCGUAUUGGAUAACGGUAAAGUCUUGCAGAUUAAACAAGACCAAUUAACUGAAAAGUUUUCCAUUAGACUUGAUGGUAAAACAAAUGCAUGGAUUCCCGUUGAAUCGGUGAGACAAGUUGAAAAUGGAUUCAUUUUUGUCAUUAAUGAUUCACUAGUUAAACCAUGA